AUGACGACAGUAUGGAAGCCUUUAGAUCUAAGCGCUAUAUGCGCACAGGAAACUGCCCCAUUAACACAAUGUUCGUCAACGGGAUAUAUGUUUUUAUACCUUAUUACUCAACUGUUUGGUGGUGUUUCGUAUAGUAUAUCUUAUACAGGUACAAUCGCAUACCCAGAUCAGGUACCUAAUCCACCACCACCACCUUCACCACUUAUACCUUCUUUACUGUCUAUUCAACCAUCAUUGCCAGCCAUGUCACCCACACCAACGUCAAAAACGUCAUCAACAUGGCAAUCAAUAGCAGAAAACCCAACAAUAUCAGGAGGACUGCCAAUGUAUGGAAUAUCAUCAUUAUCAGAAAUAUCAGAAUAUGAAGAAAUUUCUGUAACAAUACCCGAAACAACGGCUUCACCAAUUAAGAAUGCUAAUGAAAAAGAUGGUACGUCAAGGACGUGGCAACAACAAUCUUUUACGGAAUAUGAUUUCAUUAUUGUUGGUGGUGGGUCUGCUGGCUGCGUGCUAGCAAAUCGCUUAUCUGAAGUAAGAAAUUGGAGAGUACUCUUACUAGAAGCAGGUUCUGAAGAACCAGAUAUUACAAUGGUACCAGCAUUUCCACCAAUCCUAAGUAGAUCCAAUAUAGACUGGAAUUUCAGGACACAACCCGAAAAACUUACAUGUAGAAUAUUUAGUGGACAGUGUACGUGGCCAAGAGGAAAGACUUUGGGAGGUUCCAGUGCUAUAAAUUAUUUAGUAUAUAUGAGAGGAAAUAGGCUUGACUAUGAUGGCUGGGCAGAUAUGGGAAACUCUGGCUGGAGUUAUGAUGAGGUCCUACCUUAUUUCAAAAAAUCUGAAAACAAUCGAAAUGAGGAAGCAUUUGAUACAAAAUAUCACGGAGUUGGCGGACCACUCAAUGUCGAAAGGCCACCAUACGUAAACGAUAAUACGCUAGCAUUGAUAGAAGCUUUUAAAGAAAUUGGCCUAAAACAAAGAGAUUUAACUUUACCAGACAAUCUUGGAGUAAAUCUUGUGCAAAGUACUUCAAAGAAUGGAAGGCGAUUUUCAGCAAAUUUGGCCUACAUUAGACCAAUACGUAACGUAAGACCAAAUCUUAACAUAAUAUUAGAUGCAUUUGUUACUAAAAUAAUAAUAAACCCAGUAACAAAAAAUGCACAAGGUGUAACAUUUUAUAAAAAUGGUCAAUUUUAUAAUGUAUAUUCGAGUAAAGAAGUGAUUGUAAGUGGAGGUACAAUAAGUUCUCCGAAAAUCCUUAUGCUAUCUGGUAUAGGACCAAGACAACAUUUAGAAAGUUUAAGCAUACCAGUAAUCGCUGACUUAAAUGUUGGUGAAAACUUACAGGAACAUGUAACAACUGAAGGACUAAUACUUUCUCUUCAAAAUACUUCAACUCAACUUAAUACCACCCAAUUACUAAACGAGGUAUUGCUAUAUAGGUCACAAGAUCAUAAUAAUGGACCUCUUUCAGCUUCAGGGAACUUAAAUGCCGUUGGAUUUAUUAAAACUAAAUAUGCUACAGUAAAUGCACCUGAUAUAGAAUAUCAUUUUGACUCAAGAAAUGUGGAAGAUUUUUAUGGUGACCCACAAACAUAUUUACAAAGCACUAUAUUACCCCUAUCUUUUUACAAUGGCGUUUCUGUAAAACCUUUUUUACUCACACCGAAAAGUAGGGGGCGUAUACUAUUAAAUUUAACUGAUCCAAUUUUUGCCCAACCGCUAAUAUAUCCAGAAUUUUUUACAUCUCAAGAAGAUGUACGCGUUUUGGUAGAAGGAUUUAGGACUGCAAUUACUUUAGAAAAUACAAAUGCAUUUAAAAGUAUCGGGGCAUCUUAUAUACGGAAACCACUGCAAGGUUGUGAGUCAUAUGAAUGGGGAUCAUACGACUACUUCGCCUGUAUACUAUAUGAAUAUACUUCUAUCAUCUUCCAUCCAGUAGGGACUUGUAAAAUGGGGCCAAUAUGGGAUAAAACGGCCGUAGUAGAUCCAAGGUUAAGAGUGCAUGGAAUUAAAUCUUUACGUGUUAUUGAUGGCUCUAUUAUGCCAACUACGGUUCGGGGUAAUACAAAUGCACCUAUAAUAAUGAUUGGUGAAAAAGCAGCUGAUUUAAUCAAAGAAGACUGGUCGGCGUUUAAA